GGACACUCCCGAACUUUUCCGGACACUCCCGAACACUCGUGCCACCACCAUGUCCCCUCCCAUGCCUGCGCUCACCCCCGAGCAGAAGAAGGAGCUGGCGGCCAUCGCCCAGCGCAUCGUGGCACCCAGAAAAGGCAUCCUGGCUGCUGAUGAGUCAACUGGCAGCAUUGCCAAGCGCCUGAGCUCUGUGGGGGCCGAGAACACGGAGGAGAACCGGCGCUGGUACCGGCAGCUGCUGUUCACAGCCGACAAGCGCAUGGAGCCGUGCAUUGGCGGCGUCAUCCUGUUCCACGAGACCAUGUACCAGAAAGCCAACGAUGGGCGCCCCUUCCCGCAGGUCAUCCGCGACAAGGGCACCCUGGUGGGCAUCAAGGUUGACAAGGGCGUGGUGCCCCUGGCUGGCACCAACGGAGAGACCACCACCCAGGUUUUCCAGGCUGCAGGCAUCACUGCUCUCUCUGCCACCGAGCAAGGAAACCUGCUGCUGAAUUUCUCCAUGCUUGGGAAAAGUUUAAUGAUUACAAAGCAUUGGAUCUGCAGGGGAUGAGAAGAAUCCUUUCCCAGAGACCUUUCUGCCAAAUGAAGACAAGACAAGAAGUUUGAAGGGUGUUUGUUUCACAGCCUUGCCUGUAGUUCCUGAAGACAGAAUUUAUAGUGGCUCUGACUGGAACCCAAGUGCCUUUACUGGGUCUCCAGGAUGUAAACAGUUCCAUGUUCUCUGUUUUUUUGGAUAGUUCCAUGUUCUCUGUUUUUUUGGAGCCUCAGAAACAGUUCUGUUUUGUUUAUUUUCUUACUGUUCAAUGCAAAGCACCUGCAUACUUUUGUGUUUGUUUUAAGUAAAGUUUUACGUUCUCUUUGUUACCUUAGGAAGACUUUGUGGUUUUUGAGGGUAAUGCUUUUCUGCCUUGCAAAAGAAGAGAUGGGGGGUGGUACCUGCCUUUAAAAUGACCAAGUGCAAUGAAUUUUCUGAAUGGCCCCUUGUGCUGAUGGUCUGUGAAUGUUGAAUAUUAUGAAUAACUCUUAUGAAUAACUAACAGGACAAUAUUCACACCUAUCAAUGACAGGAAAUCUACGCUCAGAUUGUUAGUGAGGAUCUUGCUCAGUUUUACCCUAGUCAGAGCCAAGUUUGGGUGGCAAAAUGACACCCAAGGUGUGGUUGGAAACAGCUCUGCCUGUCUCCAGUGCUGGAGGGAUGGGACUCACAGGGAGGGUUCCUACUUGGGCUGCUUUUUGGCAUUUGGGUUGGUGAGGGUGGGAAACUGCAAUGGGAUUGGGCCUUGUUGUGAGUCUGAGAGCUUCCAGGGAGAGGAAUCUCUUCUGAUAAAGGAGGGAUGAAGCGGCUGAAUGUGCAAUGUAAGGCACAUUUUUCAUUUGGGUAUUUGCUGCAAGCACUGGUGGUCCCAGUGAAUGUCCAGGAGCAGAAUUUGGUACCAAAGUAGGGAGUCCUUCCUGUGGGAGAGGGCUUGGGCUCACUCUCCCACAGGGAGCCACACUCUAGGAUGGGCCCAGUGACUUAGAAACCUGUCAAGGGAACCCAAAAGUGAAUAAUGAGCUGCUUGCAAGCACUUUUCCCUUGCCACACUUAACAGUGGAGGCAGCAUCCACAGCAUUGGUGUGCUCAGUUGACACCCUUCUCUUCCCAGAGAUUUCCUGGAAAUUAAUCUUGUAGUAUGGCUCAAGGGGUUAUUUUUUAAAGAGAAGUCACGCUUCUGAAAAAAAAAAAAGGAAGCCCCAAACCCCUCCAAAUUCUGCAGUCACCUUUGUUGACUUGAAUGGGCUUUGGAUCAAUGAUAUUCAUAUAAGAUAUUUAGAGUCAGAUUCAAAAAACUGCUAAAUAAAAAGUUUUAUUUGUACAAGUAGUUUCAUUGUCCCUGCAACACAGCUGAGGAGCUUCCUUUCUACAAUUGUAUCCCCCCAUAUUACCCCACAAUCCACUGCAUUCCAAUAUGAAAGCAAGUUAUUGGUAAUGGUCAGCAAAUGGUCAAUAAAACAUGGAUUUUAUGUUCAUUUCAUGAAAAGCCUCAGUGCAUUCCAGGGAUAAGCUGCCCUAAUGGCCAGAAGGAAGGUCCAUGUUCUCCCUCCCCAAUUUACCUAUCAAACCUUUUUUACUCCUUGUCCCUGGAGUUAUCCCUGCCCACAGCAGGGGGGUUGGAACUAAAACCAUCUUUAAUGUCUCUUCCAACCCCAUCUAUUCUGUGAUUCUAUGAAAUAAUAGAAAAUUUUUAAAAAUCUAUGGUAUUUCAACCACAAGCCAGCCCAAGGACCUGCAAAGGGUCAGGAAAGAUGCUCAUUGUUUUCACUUGGGCCUAUUCUAGGACAUGAACAAGAUGAGUUUUUUACCUGUUCGUUUUGUCUGCCAGCUCUGGCCUUCUGUCAGUGAGGAAAACUUUAAUUAAGGGCAGUAAGUGACCUUCUGCUCAAAACCAGUGACCAGUGGGUAUGAAGCAGCAGCACAGACAUGCAGAGGUGACUUUUUUGCCACUCCCAGAACAGCCAGAGUUCCUUAGCUGCCUGCUUAGAGCAGAGUUGCAUUAAAAUGCCACCAAGUGGCAGCAACACCAGCCUCGAAGACUGAGCCAAGGAGGAAUUACAAGUCUUCAUCUCCUGGCUGGCUGUGCUUUAUUUGCUACCAGUUCCAGUAGAGGAAACGUGCAAAGCUUCAGAAAACAAAUACAGAUGUGGUAAAAGCAGCCAGCAAUAAAAAUUGAAGUGAAAUAUCUGAACAGAGCACUUGGAUUUGCAAAACUCUGCACUACAGUGAUGCCAAAAAUAGUUCCAAGAAUGGUUUCAGUCUAAAUAAGGACAGAGACCCAUUUGACUGUGGGAACAAUUUAGAGUUAAGAAUUUCCCAGUAAUUUGUUCUAAUUAGGCUGGAAUGGGCUAAUUGGCUGAAUUUUUACCACCUGUUGACAACUUGUUUGGGGGACUAGGUUGGGCUGGAGCUGGGAAACCAUGCAGUCAGUGCUGCAUUCUGAGCACCUUGCUUUUAUCUUUGGCAAACCUUUAUUUACUCAGGACUUUCCCGGGCUUGGUGGGACCUCGUCUCAUUCCCUAGGAAUUGCUGCUUGUUGAUUUUUUUUUUUUUUGCUUCUUGAUGUGUGUUUCAUGCAGUUUGUUUCCAACUCCUAGACGAGAUGGAAACACACUGCAAUGAAAAUAUUGCUGCAAGAGGAGGUAAGGACACAGAAAUGAGGUCCUGCAACCAGGACAUAGGCAGGCACCCUGAUUUUAAGGAACUGCACACAAAAAGCUCAGUUUUCUGUGGGGCUGCAUCCCCCUCUGCAGACAGGCUUUUCUAGUUGGAAUCAUUUUCCCAGCCAGUGUUCAAACAGGAAAGCUGCAGUCUUUCUGAUAGAAGUGCUCGCAUGUAUUUGCUUUAUAUUUUAAAAUAUGCAAGUAUCACAUGGUUUGCCUUCUAAAGUUUUCUGCUCCUAGCUGAGUAUUUUAGCAGGAUGUCGAAUCCAAAGAGUUUUGCUGGCAGCAUGGCCCUAUCAGGAAUGAGAUUCCAUUGGGAAAGAGGAGUAUUAAAUAGCAGUUGAAGCUGGGAAAGAAUAACCAAAUGGACUACAAUCCCCUUUGAACAUCAAUAAAUAAGGUGUGGGCAGUA